AGUCUUUAUUGCACAUCGACAUCUCAAUUUCGCCCGUUGUCACUACUGUGUUGAAUUUUCCCUGGUUUGGUUAGUCCAUUAAAUUGCUAAACUAUUAGAAAAUCAUGCAAGGUCUAGGUCUCCAAAGUAUCAAGAAAAACCCAGCUCUUAUACCACUCUAUGUUUGUGUUGGAGCUGGAGCUCUCGGCGCAGUUUACUACAUGUUCCGUUUGGCUACUAGAAACCCAGAUGUAACGUGGAACCGUUCAUCUAAUCCCGAACCUUGGCAGGAAUAUAAAAAUAAACAAUACAAGUUUUAUUCGCCAAUCAGGGAUUACAGUAAAACUAAGUCUCCAGCUCCAGACUAUGAGAACUAGAAGUCAUAAUGCAGUGUUAUCCUAUAAUUCUGAUUAAUAUUUCAUGGAAAUAAAUGUGAUUUCAAACUAAA